AUGAGUUCAAACGAAGAAACAAAGAAGACAUGCAGCUGUGGCUCUUCAUGUACUUGUGCAAAGGAUCAAGGUGGAUGCAAAUGUGAUAGCUGCUCCAAGUGA